GUUGGUAAUGGCAGCAAAAACACAUUUGCACAGUUCACAAAUCAACAAACAUGUCUGAAAGAUUAUGAGCAAUUAAUAAAAAUAAACUAAAAAGGUCAUUUAGUGAAUAAAAUUCUCUAAAAGAAAAUGGCUCAAGCAAUGCAGUCACCUGCUGCUAACAACACUAUCAGUUUAGGCAGAUUGAUUGAUUUUAUACUCCAGAGAACUUAUCAUGAACUGACCGUCCUUGCUGAAUUAUUGCCGAGAAAAACGGACAUGGAGCGUAAAAUUGAGAUCGUACAGUUCGCUAGUCGAACACGUCAGCUUUUCAUCCGUUUGCUGGCAUUGGUUAAGUGGGCAGCUAGUGCUUCCAAAGUAGAAAAAUGUGCUGCGAUAAUGGCAUUUUUAGAUAAGCAAUCCAUGUUGUUCGUUGAAAUGGCUGAUAUGCUGUCUGUUAUGUCCAGGGAAACUCUAGUAAAUGCAAGGUUGCCUAGUUUUCAUCUGCCAUGUGCUGUUGAAGUCCUGACUUUGGGCACUUAUUCAAGACUUCCCACAUGUAUAAGGGAUAAAGUUGUUCCUGCUGAUCCCAUCACAGCAGCUGAAAAAAGAGCCACUUUAAUACGCUUGAAUCAGAUUAUUAUGUACAGACUUGUGUCGUCAGAAUUACCUCCCCAAAUGAGAAAUUUAAGCAUAGAAAAUGGACGUGUUACUUUUUGUGUGGAACACGAAUUCGAGGUAUCUCUUACACUGAUGGGUGAUGGUCCUCAUGUUUCCUGGAGGUUACUGGACAUUGUCAUUUUAGUGGAAGAUAAAGAAACAGGAGAAGGAGAAGCGCUGGUGCAUUCACUUCAAAUUAGUUACAUUCAUCAGUUGAUUCAGUCAAGACUAAUCGACAAUGCGAGGCCUCUUCACGAACUCUAUAACUGCCUCCAUUCUUUUUGCCAAAGUUUGCAGUUAGAAGUUCUUCAUUCUCAGGUGCUAAGAUUGUGUCGUGAUAGACUGAGAGACUGUAUUAUUGUUGAAGAAUACACAGCUGGUAGCCGUUUGAUUUUAGCAUAUUGGAGGCAUACAAAACAUGAGGAAGGAGGGAGCAAAGAAAUGACUCAUUGCAAGCUUUGUGUUCAAAUGGACCCCAAUGAUCCAAGCAAGCCCCUCCAGGUCACUCAUGUACCACACCUAAGCCACAAAGAUGCGCAGCUGGCUGAUCAAGCCAUUAAGUCUGAUUUUUUAUCUGUGGAAAAGCUGUUGAUACACACUGUUCACAUUCGCACGAAACAUAAACUUCAAGAACUGAGUGACAUUCUGAAACCUUUGCUGGGACUAACUGAAUACACCAUCAGUGGAUCCCCAGCAGUUCUACACGUUCCGAUCUUGCAGCCGUGCAUGAUAUCUGAAGAAUUACUCAUCACUGUGAAUACCCACACUGGUCACUUCCUGGCUCAUGUCCCACAAUUCGAGCCACCCAUGAUGGAAGACAUACAGAACUGUCUAAACAAGGAUCCUUCAAAAGUAGAGAAUUUACUGUCAGAAUUGAGGUUUUGGAUAACAGUGAGGAGAUGUGAAAAAACCAUUCAGCAUCUUCCUGCAAUUGCCACUGAACAUUUGCCUUUAGUUAUUCCACCUGACCAUGAAUUAGCCAAGUUUUCAAAGCACAGAUUGUUUAUUAAGCUCUGCAGGCACCAAGAAUAUUAUAUUAUAAUCAGAUUGCAAGAAAAUAAGUGUGAAAUAAUUCCCUCCUACUACCUCAUGACCGUAGCUCCCCAACCAUUGGAAGAUGACCUCAUGGAACAGAAAGUGGAAGGAAGUGUUAUGGAUACAGAAUUACCCAAAACAUAUCUGAAGAUUGUAGACUUUGCCACUCUAGAUAACUUUAUAUCCACCCACGGACCUGGAACAGAAAUCGAAUGUGAGCGCCAGGGUGUAGGAAAGAAACGAAAAGUUUUGACACAUGGGGAUACUGGUAUAAAGAAAGUAAAAUACACAGGAUUUUUUAUCUCUGAAGUUUCACACAUUGUUGCCAUGUGUGAUGAACGUAUCCCUUAUGCUACGUUAUGUAGAGAGCUGAACAAAAAAGAUGUAUGUCACAAUGGCAUUCAAAUUGAAGGGCAUGGAUCAAACUACCAUGUAAAGAUUGUGCAGAUGCCAGUGCCAGAUGUCAAUGAGAUGGAUACUUUCACUGCUCUCAAUUCUGCACUUCUCAGCUGCACUAUACGACUGAACGGAAAAGGUGCCCGCACAUGGUUUGUUGAAUUUGUGUUUUGUAACUGUCCUGUUCCCAGUACGUGUUCUAAAGAGCAGGGUCCGUGUAGGGCUCUGCACUAUAAUUAUGAUUUUGGAGCUGGAACUUCAAAGCAAGUGACUGAGAUGGUGGAUGAAAUGCUCCGAGAUUGGAACAUCAUGGGUCAUCUCUACAAGGUAGUCUUGGAAUUUGCAAGUGCCCUGAAACACGAUCAGCAUAAUAUGUUUCCUUCAUUGAUGGAGGUGAAGACAUUUUCUUACAGAAGAAUUGUGCUUGGCUAUGGUCCCAACAAAACUAAUAUGGUUAAUAUAUAUUGGAACCCGUCUGACAAACGUUACCAUUUGGGAUUUGGAGUCGUUGGUCAGACUGUUUCUGCAAGUAAUCCACACACCCUCGUAGCUUCACAACUGCAGCACGAAUUCAACCAACAUCUCUCUAUCAUGACAUUAAUGCAGGGUCUUCAUGAGACAUAUGCUCCUUUGUUAUCCAUCAAUAGAUUGCCCACCAUAUCUGAAUUAGGAGUGAUUCACAGUAGGCCUGCCGUGCCUGUGCAGACAUUUGUCACGAGUCCUCAAACUUCAACACAUUUUAGAGUUGUCUAUAGAAACCUCUUUUGUUUGGACAUUGAAUGCCGGCCAGAAGGUCUUGUUGCUAUUCGUGAUGGUGCUUAUAGUGUAUUUGACAAGCAAAGAGCCGUAGAAGAACUAUCAGCUAUCAAUAGUAUCAAAGCCUUCCUCAGCAAAUUUGUGGAUGAGACUGCCACACAAGCCAGGCGCAGAUCCCAGACUGAAGACGAGAAUCCCCUCUCACCAGUACCCACUCUGGACUCCAUGGACUCUGGAUUCCUGUCAGUAUCCGGUCAAGUAAAACCGGGCUCCCCUGCCCAGUGCCGCAGUCAGGAAAGUGUGUCUUCCACUACAGGUUCAGGACUCAGAUUCCAUUUGCCCAUGACUCCACCAUCUGGAUCCAAUCCUCACACUCCUGCCUCGCCCCACACCUCUGUUUUGUCUCAGCAGGGCUAUGGAGCGUCACCUAAUCCUUCAUUCUCAUUGGCCUCGCCUCCUUCUCUGGGAUCUCAAUCUCAAGCACAACAUGUUAGCCCAUCCCCUUCCAUUCUUCAUGUUCAAGCUCAAUCACCUGGAAACUUGUUUUCGGCCAACUCUCCCGCAAAUCCUCUUCAUGUCCCCUCUCCUUCUUUCCUUCCCACUCCAUCCCCAUCCUCUCAAGUGCCCAUGCAAUCCCCUGCAACUGCAAACUUCAUGAACCAACAAGCACACGGCGAUGGAGGUUCUCCUUUUGCUGCUCCUGCUAGUGCUGGCAAUUUGUCAAUGUCCUCUCCUGCACCUGGAGCAUGGCCAGGUAGCCCAUCAGUGCCCAGACCUUCUCCUCGUCCUACAGGCACUGCUCAAAGUCCAGGCAGUAGUAAUCAUCCUGCACUACACAGUCCUCAAGCCAUUUCUGCUUCUGACCACUCCAAGGCACCUGGUGUAUCAGCCAUCUCAUCUUCAAGAGCGAUCCAUUGUUCUUGGCAAGCAGGUACACCCACUCUGCUCACCCACAAAUCUUUUGACCUGCUCUGCUCUCCCGGGGCCAUCACGAGCACUCAACCCGCAUCCCCUGCUGUCGGACAGAACCAGUUUCAUACGUCACCCCUUGAAAGAUUCCUGGGCUGCUGUUACAUGAGGAAGAGCCUCGGCAGAGUCAUACAGACAGAAAAUCUGAUGUCUUUAAGCACAACAGAAGUGGGCGUGACUCUGUUUAAGACGGAGACCCUUCAGUGCAGAGUGAGUUUGAAUCCUCAGACCCUUCAGUCUCUUCACCUGAAGCUGACGCCCAAUCCUGAAUACAAAGAUCAGUGGACAGAUAAUGAGUUGCAGGUCAUAGAGAGAUACUUUGACACAAAGGUUGUUUCCAUUCCGUACAAGCCAAAUGCUUUAUUAGCUUUUGGAAGAUUAUUGAAUGCACCUCUGCGCAUAUUCAAAGAUUGCAUACACAUCAUGCACCUAGAAAUGGUUCCAGAUAGGACGUUGAAGUGGGCCAUUCAGUGGUGUCUCACCAUCCCACCAGCAGCUCCACAAAUCGCACCCCCAGGCAUGUCAGCCAUUGUGUUUCUGAAAGACAAAAUGCUUUUCUUCGCUCAACUGACGAGAAUCGGGCUUAACUUAGCUCCUGGUGUGGAGCCCCAAACAGUUGUGUUUGCUGCUGUGUACGACAUCAAAAUGAACACAACGACUGUCCCAGACAGCCGUAGAGAGGCUCUUCCAGUGUCCCCUACUGACCCCAUCUACAUAAUCACCAGCAUGUUGAAAAGAUUUGCUGAAUACAAUCCCAAUCCAAAUGAGUGCAGUAUAUAUCCAGCAAUCAGAGAACUUCUCAGCAAUUUAGUGGUACCCAUUUAGCUUAGAAUGAUGAGGAUACAAUGAUGUAUAUAAAUUUGUAUAUUUUUUGUAUAUGACAAUUAUCUAGAUACAUAAAGACGGUAAAGUUAUAUUUCCAUUCAUAUAUUGAAAUAGAUAUUUUACAUGAUAAAACUUCUCUAUUUGUGUAUUGUGCUGUUUUGUCAAGAUUUUAUAGAACUGAACUGUGCAUUAAAAUGCUUUUAUUUCAAAGGAACUUUAACUGUUUGAAGAAUAGUUUCAAUAUACUCUUUCAAAAUUUUAAGUCUUUUAUUUUGACAUUAAUAAGUAAAAUUAUAAAUCAUCACUGUUUUUUGCAUCUUUAUUAGUGUACUUUUUUUGAAGACAUAUAAACUUACUGUUUAGUAUGAA